AUGGACGAAGAUGAGAACAUCUUGACCAUUCUUUCGACCCCUUCUGCCGAUGAGCCGUCACAGACAACCCGACUCCGGGGCCAGGCUCGCGACCUUAUCUCCAACCCCAGAGGGAGCAGCGUUGAAACCCUCCCGAAUACCCUCCUCGACCUUCUAGUACAAGUCAUCAAAACAUUGUUCACAAACACAAAACACCCAUCUUUGACCUCAACAGGGCGCAAGGCCCUCGUCCCCCAACCGGCACCGCUGGGCACACACUUCCAUAGCCCGCUCGAGGACGAAGCGCUAAAGCCAUGGAAGACCACUUUCACUGUCCCACUGCUCAGGUAUAUUCUGACAUCUUACACCUUCUUGCCGCCGGGUGAGAGGAAGAUUGCGAUCGAAGCACACUUCCACCUCCUCGUGCCGCCUAUUCUCAACAUGAUUGACGACGCGGAUUGUACUUACAAGGCUUCGGGCUGCAAUUUGCUUCGAAGACUCUGUGAGGUAUUGAUUUCGGUGCAGAGCGAGAUACUUAAGCGCACGGGGCUGGCAGAGGUGUUUGUCGAUGCCCUCAAAGCGAACUUCAUGCUUCUUCCGACUUUGACGCCUGAAGAGGACAGUCUGAGUGUGCUAAGCCAGCUGUAUCCGGCUUAUUUGGCUCUCGUGGAUGCCCGGUUCGUGGCCCUCGGCGGCCUCUCUUCCAAUGUGGCAACAAAUCAUCAGACUCGGCUGCAGGCAAAGAACGAGAUUGGCGGAAACACUACAGAACAGGCGGCCCCUCCGAGCAAAACCAACACCGGAUCUCUGAAGCCUUCGCACUCCUCUGAUGAACUCCUGGCCCGCCAAUCCCAACUAACAGCUUUGUUCCGGCACGGCGUCCUCGCAUCGCUCUUCCACCUCUCGUCAUCCACACAGUCCUUCUCCUCCACCAUCUCUGUGCCCCUAACAACACUGCUCCUCGCGCAACUCCCUCCGAUACUUAGCCGCAUGGGUAUCACCAGUGCCAAACAUCUACAGACAUUCCUCCCACUCCUACGCGUGGGUUUGAUGGAUCCAUUCACGCUAGCAGCACCACCGCUCGUGCUGGCCGUGCUGGCCGUGCUGGAGACUGUGAUUCAUGUCUGUGCUCGGCGUGUAAGGGAAAAGUGGUUUGCAGAGAUCCUCCGCGGUGUCGUAGCGUGCUGGUGUAAUUGCGUCGAUGAGCUGGAGAGUCUGAGUUCGAGCGAGGACAAGGAUGUAAACAGGAGGGAGGAGACCAGGCUUGUCAUGCGGAAUGUGAAGGCUGUGGUGAGUGUUAUGCAGAGGUUAAAGUCCAUAGUGGGGUCUUUAGGCGACGUGAUGGGAAAAGAAGAGUGGGAGGACGUCAAGAGUCGUUUGGUUAAUGAGGAGGAGGAAUUGAAGGGCCUGUUUGAAGAUGACGACCCUUGA